UCUAUCACGAAGCUCAGGCCAGUAUGGAAAGUGCUGACUGGUCCUGGCUGCCCUUGGGGCCACCGCGGGGGCCCUGGCAACCCAGGCUUCGCUCACUCCUCGGCUCACCGAGAUGGGUCAACUGGAGGUGGGAGGAGGGAAGCCCAGUCACCCGGCAGCCCCUGGCGCGGCCCAUAUAGCCUGCGGGGAUUGUCCCGGGCUCAAAGCGAGAGUGUACCAGGUCACGCUCCCUUUGGCGAGCCGGAUGGCGAGCAGAGAGCGCGCCUUGGCACCAAGUGGGCACUGGGGUGCGGGGCGCAUGCCCCUGACACGCCCUAUGGAAGCCGCUCCCGGGCUCAGGUACUGAAUUUAGUCGUCCAGUGCCGCUGGCCAAGUCUUACUUCCCGGCCCGAGUUGGGGCCACGCUGGCGACAGCCGCGAGGCUACCCCGCAGCUCCCACCUCCCCCGGGAUUUUCCAGCGGGUUAAUUUCCUGUGCCGGUAAAUCCUUUUGCGAGCGCCUGGCUGCUCCCUCCCCGCCGCUCCCUCCCGCAUCCUGCCGCCGUGACUCCCCCAGUCGGUCAGCGCCGCCGCRCUUCGUCGCCCCCGCGCGCCCGGGCGCACGCCCUCCCCGCCCGCCGCCCUCCGGCUCCCGGCGCCCUGCAGCCGGGGCCCUGCUGCGCGGCCACGCGCCAGGGCUCCCCAGAGAGUCGCGUCCGUGUCGCUGCAGCCGGCCCCGUCCCUGGGCCAUGCGCCCCCCCGCCGCCCCCCGCCGCCCCGCCGCGGCGCUCGGACUCUGCAGCCUCCUGCUGCUGCUCGGGCCCGGGCACGCGUGCCCCGCGGGCUGCGCCUGCACCGACCCGCACACGGUGGACUGCCGCGAUCGCGGGCUGCCCAGCGUGCCCGACCCCUUUCCCCUGGACGUGCGCAAGCUGCUGGUGGCCGGCAACCGCAUCCAACAGAUCCCCGAGGACUUCUUCAUCUUCUACGGCGACCUGGUCUACCUGGACUUCAGGAACAACUCGCUGCGCUCGCUGGAGGAGGGCACGUUCAGCGGCUCSGCCAAGCUCGCGUUCCUGGACCUCAGCUACAACAACCUGACCCAGCUGGGCGCCGGSGCCUUCCGCUCGGCCGGGAGGCUGGUCAAGCUGAGCCUGGCCAACAACAACCUGGCCGGCGUGCACGAGGCCGCCUUCGAGACCCUGGAGUCGCUGCAGGUGCUGGAGCUCAACGACAACAACCUCCGCCGCCUCAACGUGGCGGUUCUGGACGCGCUGCCGGCGCUGCGCACCCUGCGCCUGGACGGGAACCCCUGGCUCUGCGACUGUGACUUUGCCCAUCUCUUUUCCUGGAUCCAGGAGAACGCGUCCAAGUUGCCCAAAGAUGUGAAAAAGCCGAACAAAAAUGUCAGAGCUUGUUGGAUCCCCUGCUCUCCUGGUGACCCUUCCAGGGCCGACCUGUAUGUACAUACCCACUUGGAUGUACAUACCAAGAAUACAGGGUGCCCAGAGUUUAGGGGCUUUGGGAAGGUAAGGGGAGGGACCCUAGGGCAGCGCUGAGGAGGGAUGCCAGCAUCCACCGGGGCAGACGUCCUCACGCUGGAUGGAUUCCAGYUUGUGAGCAUUGUGCCCACAGUGACCUCUGAGCCAGAUCCAGCCUCUCACCUUGCCUCCAAGGCUUUAGAGGACUGGGGGCCAGCACCAUAAGGCACAGGUUUUAAAAGGCGAUAUAGGUGCAGACUUGGCUGCAGUAUACCUUUUAUUUCAUGUACUGAGAACUCAGAGAUGCUGCUCACCUGGAUGCAAAGUUCCUGGGUUCACCUGUUCGUUCUGCACUGCCAUUAGCACACCUGGGUCUUGGGGUGGCCAUUCCCCAGUGGAUAGAGGACCCCGAGCUGGCAUUUCACUCUGGGCUGGCUCUACCACGYACACAGAUCCUGAAAAGAUCUGCUCUGUGGGGUACAGAGUCCCCAGCUUUAAACUUGUCCUGUCCUCCUGCCUCGCUCCCCUGAUCCACCAGAAGGCUGUGCUGGUGACAGGAGUGGGCGGCGGGGCUCGCUGGGAUGGGGGCACACCGUGGUGCUGGUUGCCCUGGCCCUUCCGUUUGGUGGGCUGGCCUCGUCUGCCCCAUUGCUUGGUAGAACAGGCUCCCACUCUUCCAGAGCAGGGCGAGUGCUGGGGCAGAGGUGUCAGGGUCAGUUCUGCUGAGGGCGGCCAGGUCCUUGAACAGUCCACUUACUCUUACUGUGCAUCAGUCUCCUCGUCUCUAGAGUAGCUAGCUGACCUCUGAGAUCUCCACAAAGCUCUGGAUUUGAAUCUGAAAUCCUGGGUUCGAGUCCUGGCUUAAAACCUGGGCUAGUCGUGGUAGUCCCUAGCUUAUUUGGGUCUCACCUUGCAUGUGUGUGACGCUGGGUGGUCCAUCUGACYGAGUGGCUGGCAGCAUCCAAACCAGGUAGUGUGGAGAAGGUGGAGUGAUGGGAAUGGGAACAGGCCCUCCCCCAGCGUCUGUCAUUCAGGGCAUACAACAGACACCAGGGGCUACAUGGGGCUGGGGAGAAGGAAGGAGAGGCUCUGGACAGGGCAGGCCGGGGGAGGACUGAUCUCAUUCAAUCAGGACGGAUAGAGGCCGCAUGGGGGCAUCUCCAGGACACAGCGGCAAGAGUGGCUGUGGGUCUCCCUGCCCUCAUUGUUAGCCAGAGCARUGCCCCGACCCUGAAAACCAGAGGCGGAGUGGGUGGUGAGGAAGUGGCACAGGCCUUAAAGGGAGAGACCCGAGUUCAGGUCUGGACUCAGAGGUAUGAUCCUGGGUGAGCCCCCGACCUCUCUCAGCCUCAGUUUUCCUCCCUCUUAAUUCAGAAUGUAGUGACGUCAUUCUCCUCCUGCCUGCUCUGAGGUCUGAACAGACCAGCUGGGCAAGGGCUCACAGUGCCCAGCACCCAGUGGUGCCCCGGGGGGGCCCCGUCACCCCUUCCUUCCUGCAGGUACACUGCUUCUUAAACACUUUAAAAACAUUUGUAUCAGCACAUGAUAGUUGUGUGUAUCUGUGGGUACCCUGUGAUAACGUGACACACAAGGCAUAGUGGUCCUAUCAGGAUGAUUAGCCUUUCCAUCUUGGGCACUUAUCAUUUCUUUGUUCUGGGAAACUUUGAAUUCCUCUC